UUAUCAGCCCCGAGACUCUCGUGUUUGUGUAGUGGCCAAAUUGCAGCCAUGGGCCAAACUGUGUCCCUCUUCCACCUGCAUUCGAGCCCUGGCUCCCUGCUGAGCGAGCCUGGUAGGCAGACUGCUGAGAGGAAGAAACAUGUCAUCAAAUCAUCAAGUAGCCACAGGGGACCUGCUAGUAGCCCCAUCAGCUCGGCUUGUCAGUGAGAGCAAUAGAAACAUGACUGAUGUGCUCACUCGGUUACAACAAGUAUUUUACUAAUGACAUAAAAGGUGUUGCAUCACAAAUGGCAGCUGGCUGUUUUACACUCUAUACCCCAAGUAUACCUUUCUGGUGGAUGAUGUUGAAUUUAUGCUAUAACAUGUAGGAGUCUUGUGAGCCUAUAUGUCCUACAUCAAAGAACAUAAAUGACAAAUCCUCUGGGAGCGAUGGUAGCAUCCCACAGUCCCUCAGCUGGAUGUAAAUCCUGAUUUUUUUUUUUUCCCAAGCAGCCCUUGAUAUGGUUAAUGCUGUUUGUGUUAGUUUGUCAUGCAAGUGGAUGCAAGGCAGGGGAGAGAGGGGAGCGACAAGGAGCUGUGUGAAAUUGAGGCCAUUUGGCCCUAUGUGUGAAGCCUUACACACCUAUAUAACAGAGCAAGCCCCCAGCACUGGCAUUUGGAGAGAAGUGCAGCAGAGGGAUUGGAGGAGAAAUAGGGGGAAACAGAAAAAAUAAGAGAGGAUUCCCGCGCCACAGGAAACACACAUCACAUUAGAUCCAGAAGGAACAGAAAUAAGCCUGGAUGUGAGACUGUUGAUGGAAGCAGGGAAGUUAAAAAGGAGAGUUAAGUAAAGAAGUUAUUUUGGUGGAGGCGUACAGGGCGAGUCAAGGGACAAGGAGAAGGAAGGAAGAAUGCUCAGUGUGGAGAUGUACCCCAGUUUGGCCCUGGGACCGCAACGAAUGGGAGACUGCUUCUUCAGAGACCGGGAAGCCCCUGCCCAUGUGCCGCUGUUCCCUCCAGCCUGUGAUGUUGCAGCCAGAGCCCUGCCGCCGAGGCUGCUCCCUGUCCCCGGCGACACGGCUGCUAAGCCCCCAGAUGAGGUCAAGAUGGAGCUGGAGAACGUGUCUUUAUGGAAGCAGUUCAGCUCGGUGGGCACAGAGAUGAUCAUCACCAAGAAGGGCAGACGGAUGUUCCCUGGUCUGCGGGUGAAGCUGUCAGGCCUGAACCCGUCUCUCCGUUACAUCCUCCUCCUGGACAUCGUCCCGGUGGACAACUCCCGCUACCGUUUCCAAGGUGACACCUGGCAGGCCGUGGGCGGGGCAGAGGCGCGGCUACCGGACCGGGUGUUCAUCCACCCGGACUCCCCCGCCACAGGAGCCCACUGGCAGAGCCGCACCAUCAGCUUCCACUGCGCCAAGCUCACCAACAACACACUGGACACACAGGGAUAUAUCAUCCUCCACUCGCUGCAUCGGUACCAGCCCAGAGUUCACGUGAUUGAAGCCCGCGAUGUGCUGAGGUGGGGAGGGGGGCAGCACUCCUUUGUUUUCCCCGAGACCCAGUUCAUCACUGUCACCGCCUAUCAAAACAACAAGAUCACAGAACUGAAGAUCAACUCUAAUCCCUUUGCGAAAGGCUUUAGGGAGGACGGCAUGAACAGCAAAAAACAGAGAGAUGCAAGGCAGAAGCGCAAAAUAACCCAGCUGACAGAAACCUUGGAUAUUGUGAGCUGUGACUCCACUGAUCUUUUGCCCCACUCCACCGCCGCCGCUCCCACCACAGACCUCCAGGCCCUGGCCCUGGCCUCCCUGCCCCCGCUCCCUGCCCCGUCCUGUGGGUACAGAGCGGAGCAGACCCCCCACCAGCAGGACACUCAGGUCCCAGAGCAGCAGCUAGACUUAGGCCAAGCAUUCAUGGUAUCCCAGAUGUCUAACAUCACUGUUAACAUGGCCAAUGGGAUGGAGGGCACACCGGGAAGUGAGGUCCCGAACGCUAUAAUUGACAGAUCAGACAAUAUGGGUCAGCCACCAUAUACCUCCACCUACCCUGCUGCUCCACCUGGCUCCUCCUCUUUCCCCUCAGCUCCUCUUCCUCCGGCGUCCUCCUCCUUCCCAUCUAUCCCCGUCCCUGACUCUUCCGACACAUCUGAUCCUCAACCCUCUGCCAACUUCCAAUCGCCACCGGCCUCCACUUAUCCGUCUGUCCCGCCGAUUGACUAUCCUCCUAUUCUCUCCUCCUCCCCCACACUCCCUUCCUCCACCACCUCCCCUUCACUGCAGCAGACCUCCUUCAUUUAUCCCACCCUGACUCCACCACCCUCCACUUCCUCCUCCCCACAGCCGCUCCUCUCCUCUGGCUCCUCUUCAUCUUCCCCCUCUGCUGCCACAUAUCACGCCAUCCCUCCAUCCAACCCAGAGAUGAUCAGUCCACACACACCCACUGGCACCUCCUUUCCUGCCCCGUCUUCCACGUGCCAGUCAGGUGUGCAGGACCAAAUGCCGCCCCAAACUCUGCUCACCCAAGCUAACCAGCCUCUGCAGGGUGAACCUAUGUCCAACGAGAAUAAUUCACCUCAUGUUCAGAGUGGGGCAGUGUUUACCUACCCAAAUCUGCUGCCGGCAAACCCCAAUCCUGACCCACUUACCCCACAGCCUCUUCCAGUCCAAAACCAGCAGCCGGAGGGGAUAAACCCCACACCGUUCCUGCAUUGCUCGCCACCAAACCACAGCGUUCCCACGUCUUUCACCUUCCCCUCUGUCCCUCCGCCCAUUCAGAACCUGCCGUUCCCAAAUCCUUCUUCUGGCUCUACUCACCCUGCUCUUCACAUCCCAAAUCUCAGCCAAGCCCAAGCUCCACCCCUUGCUGCACCUUUCCCUCCCUCUUCCUUCACUCAUCCAUCUCCUUCCCUUCCGCACCCGGCUUUCCAGCCCUCCUCUUGCUCGGCUGUCUCCUCCGCUCCCUCCCUGCCACCGGCAGCCCAUCCGCAGAACCUUACCUCCGCCUCCUCUGCCUCUGCACCGUACCCUUCAGUCGCUCCUGUUGAAAUAGGUGCCAUUCCUCAGUUCAACCCAGGCGCCCCCUAUCUGUCAGAGAUGGUGCUGCACCACCCGUCUCUUCUACCUCAGCUGGAUCCAUCUCUUCCCUCCUGCCUUUCUUCCUCCGCUGCCCCUCCGGCCCUGUACCCCGCCUUUCCCUCUUAUCCUCUCCGGAUUUGUCAAGACCCUCGCUCGUCCCUUCCCAUUCCACUCAGGCAUCUGUACAGACAGCAUGGCCACGCUCACACUCAGGGCUCCUACUUGGAUAUGAGCACAAGAGCUGUGUUUUAA